CACCUUCAGGUUGGGCCGUACCUUCCCAAAGACACGCACCGCCCUAGUCGAAAGUUGAAGCACACUCGGAGCUCGGAGCGGGGACCAUUGCUCAGCUCUCCCUUCAAUUUCUAUCGCCACCCACCGGUUGGUUCAUUGAAAUUGAAAGGAAGGGCCUCUGGCAAUCCCGGUCCAUCCCAACUGCUCCGAGAACCGCCUGAUUGGAAGUUGCAACGCUGUGUUCCGGCGCUAUUGGGAUGCAUGAAGUAUUAAAGUAGAGAAAUUUUCUCCAGGGUAGUUGCUGCUAUCGAGCGCUGUGAGUUGAAGGACCUUGCCUGAAGACUACUCUCACUGUGAAGCCUUCCUGUUUUCUCAUAAUCCACCCAUGCCUUUGUUUCGAGCGCGUAGUUUUGUAAAAUACUACAUCCCAGUUAGAUUGCGCACAGUUUCGUCAUUUGCUUCAGCGAGUAAUUCAAUAGUAAACCAAACAUCUAUGCCCAAAAAAGUUCUUAUAGAAGAGAAGACAUCCGAUGAAAUCCUGAAUCGUAUUCUUUUUCCGGACGUGGGCCCGAAUGUUUCUAGAGAAGAAGUCUGCGUAGAUUAUGUACGGCAACUUUGUGCCGCAGGAGGUCUUCAGGUUGCUGCCAGGCUGCUGCGAAGUUUAAAUGGUAAGAACAUCUUCUUUGGCCCUAGUCCUUAUAAUUGCAUUUUGGAAGCUGCUGAUAUUAAGAACGAUUUCGAUAUGCUCGCUCAAGUCUUCAAGGAUCUUCUAGUUUCUUGUACGUCCAUAGGAUUGACUUCAUACAUUAUAGUUGGGAGAGCUUUUGGAAAACCCAGAAAUCCUGCAAUGUUAUUGAAUUUUAUCAAAGACAUUUGUGGAUUGGGAUUACCAAGAAUUGACGUAGUUUUGAACAGGAUUAUCUUUGGGCUGGCCAAAUGUGGUCAUGUUGACAGUGCCUUGUUGGUAUUUGAUCACCUCAAGAGUUCAAAAAGCAAACCGAACUUGGUUACUUAUAACACUAUUUUGGCAAUUUUGGGCCGCUGUGGUCGAUUGGAAGACAUGCUACAUGAAUUUGCUUCAAUGACAGCAAUUGAUCUUAUUCCUGAUGUUGUAACAUACAAUACUAUAUUAAACAGCUUGAGGAAGAUGGGUAGGUUCGAUUUGUGUUUGGUGUACUACAAGGAGAUGAGUGACAGAGGAAUUCAGCCAGAUCUGUUGACCUUCAAAGCCUUGAUCGAGAGCUUAGGGAGAUCAGGAAACAUUGAAGAUGCCUUGAAAGCUUUUUAUGACAUGAAAGUUAAACGAAUCUUUCCUUCAAUAUAUAUUUAUCGUGCACUGGUUUUCAGCUUAGAGAGGGUGGGUAAGGCGGGUUUGGCUUUGAAGUUCUCUACUGAGAUGAACAGGCUUUUUCCCGAGAUAGUUGUUCCUAGAAGUUUCCAUUAUGAAAACAGAUAAUUUGCCUGCAGCUUUAAUUUAAGGGUUGUGUGGAUAAACUCUGCGUUUACAUAUAGUUGGCUUAGCCGCUGAAGCCUUAAUCGGUGACAUUUCUUUA